AAGCGGAAGGCUGAAACUCUGCCCUUUCGCGGAGGGCGUGGCGGUGUGUGGCAACUGCUCUCUUCCUCCCUCCCUCCGCCACCGCUGAGGACUUGCGUUGGGCGUGUCUGCCUGUGCUCCGUCAGUAGUGCCUCGCCGCUGGUCGAGUGUGGGUGUGUGUGCGUGUGUCCAUACCGUGCGAUCGCUGGCUCAGUCUCUCACUCUCGUCUCGCGCGGCCGGUGUCACUCUUCCCGCCCGGAACCCUGACGCUCCAUUGAUGCUCUCCAGGUCCUCUUGAUGUCCAGGCGUCACUUCCUCGUCUCUCGCUCCUCUGCCUGACGGUUUGUAGACGCGAGUGUGGCAAAACUAGUGAUUGUUUCCUGUUAACUCGCUACAAGCACCAGGAGUAAAAAUUUGUUCCGUCUCUCGCGAGGAUAUUACCUGAGGACACCUGUACAAACCUGGACCUCAGUGUCAUCUCAGCUACUUCCUCUUGAGCUUCAUUUAAUAAGUCGUGAAAACUUGAAAGUGUAACUGAUCCUCCGACUUUAUUUUGGGUUCUCCUCUCCCUACCCCUCUUCCCCCUUCCCCUCUCCUUCUUCCCCUCGGCUCGGAUUAGCAAAGGGGGGCCGCCGAUAAGAGGGUACCAGAGGAGAUCAGCAGCAGGGAGGUCAUCUCGCCACUCAAACCUCACCUUUGAAGGAUGGAGGAGAGAAACAUCAUCUCGACGAAGGGGACGAAGAAGGCGACACACAGAGGACCUUGAACUCCUCUACUUCUUUCUCCUCCUCCACCUACUUCUCCUGAUUCACGGACACGUACUUUUUACUUUCCCCUCCUCCUCCUCUUCCUCCUCCUCCUCCGCCUCUCCCUCUUUUCCCUCCAUCCGCCCUCCCUCGCCGGCUCCGCACCUUCAGUAUAUGAGCAAGAUCUUUGAGGCCACAAGGACGAUGGCGGGGCUGAGAAGAGUGGCGGCGUCAGCGGUGGUGGUGGUGGUGUACCUGUGUUUGCUGGCACCUGCGCCGGCGUGUGCUGAGCCAGCGGACGCCACCACGGAGGACCCCAUGUCAAAGUUCCGUCACCUGCUGCCGGAGGCCAACCUGUCCAACAAUUCUGUGACCAACGUGACCGUCCAGCUCGGGGCCACCGCCUUCCUGCCCUGCAAGUACCGCCACCUGGCCGACCACCAGGUCAGUGAGGAUCAGGUAUCGUGGUUCAGGCGGCGGGACUGGCACAUUCUGACGACGGGCAUCUUCACCUACACCAACGACGCUCGAUUCAGUGUGCUGCACCCCGAGGAGACCGAGGACUGGACGCUGCAAGUCAAGUACACCACCAGGAGGGACAACGGGACCUAUGAGUGUCAGCUUUCCACUGGCACAGGCGUCAUCUCGCAGUUCGUCAACCUGUACGUGGUAGUGCCGCAGGCGUACAUUCUGGGCAGCAAGGACCUUCACGUACAGCUCGGCUCCACCAUCAAGCUUACGUGCGUCAUCAAACAGAGCCCCACGCCGCCUCAGUAUGUGUUUUGGUACCGGAACGACCACAUGAUAAACUACGACACGCGGAGGGGCGGCAUCAACGUGACCACAGAGAAGGGCCCCACCCAGACCAUGUCCAACCUGGUGAUCACUGACGCCAGACACAAGGACUCCGGGAACUACACCUGCAGCGCCUCCAACACCCAGAGUGACUCCUCCAAUGUGUUCGUCUCCCAUGGUGACAAGAUGGCGGCCAUACAGAGGCGGAAGGCGGGAGCGGGCGCGGCUGACCUGCGGGUGACCUGGCCUGCUCUGUGGCUCGUCCUUGCCCUCACCUUAGUAGCUCAGAGAUGAUAUGCUUGCCCAGCCACGCUCACCAUACCCAGCACAACCUCACGCCCUCACACCCACGCCAGAGUCCCCGCCGCCCUCGAAGCAUCAGCAGCCGCACCACUCACGCCCACACGGUCCCCACGAGGCGCCACUGUCCUCGCGUCCUCUUCGUUUUCUUCAUCCUCGUCCUCGUUUUCUUCCCCUUUGUCGUCUGUUCGUCCGUGAUCAGUCUAAAUGCGUCUAAAGGAUUACUGUGACCUUUGCAUUCUACAAGGUCAUGGGGGCUUCAUAUAUCCUUCCUUAUCCUUAUCCUCUUCUUCCUCUUUCCCUUCUUUAUCCUUCUUUUGGUGUCUGUUUGUCGUUUUCUCAUUUUACUCCUAUUGCUUUUUGUUUAUCAUCUUUUUAUCUUACUAUUUUCACUCCUUUCCUUAUCAUUUUUCCUUCUUUUCUUUAUAUUUUUCAGUCUCCCUCCUUCGUUCGUAUCUGUGUAUCGUUUUUUUUUUUAAUCAUAUGCUACUUUUUGUUUACUUUCCUAACUUUUAUCUUUCUCUUUUUCCCUCCUUUCCUUAUCCCUUUUCCCUUUUUUCUUCAUCUUUUUCCUUC